UCGGGCCGGGUGUACUGUCGGGGCACCCCGCCGCCCCCGAAGCGAAACGAUAGCGGCCCGUCAUGCAAGCGGGUGCGCGAAAAAGUAUGUACUUCUUCCGAUUUUCUGGUCUAAAAAAUGAUGCAAUUUGUCCUAACUCUACUACAGGUGUCACUGCGAAAGCCCUAGAAACGGCGGGGAUCCCGGGUGAAUCGCCGGCAGAUGAUCAAGGCUCCCAAAGCAGUAACACCUGGUCGCAACUCCAGGCAAAAGGGCGAGAAGUGCUGGACGAAACGCUCUUUCCGGGCGGCGAGAGCUCGUCCGCUCCGGGAGCGCCUCUGGAGGCCAGCACUUCCAGUCCAAGUUCGAACAACCCGGCGGUGACAACGCCCCCACACACGAGUGCCGCGAGUGUAGGGGACAUAGGAGGGGAACAUACAGGACAAGCAUCUGCUACUUCGACCCGCGACACAGCGAACUUGCCGGUGGAAAUUACCUUUGCGCAACAAGACCAGGCCAGUGACACCCAGAGCACGGCGAGCACGCGAUGGGCGCCGCAGGGCGAGCCGCCCGCGGACGGCGGAGGUCCCCCGCGCGGCAGUGCAGCAGCAUCCGCGAGCACGGCUAGCCACGGAAAGAUGACACGCGGCAGUUCAGCCGAUCAGCAGGGGCAGGGUAAUGCUGGCUCAUCUUCAUCCGGGCAGCUUCUUCACCCGACGUUGAGCAUAUGAUAGUGUGCAACAGUAUCGUAGUACACGACAACUCGCAAUAUUUUUGCAUCACAAAUUUUUUCAAUCUGCCUCACAAGCAAGAAAUUUGUCAUGCGAUUCUCACUAGAACUUCUAGUGUGUGCGAGUAGAUGCGAUGCUUUUGCCACGUCGAUAGAGCACCAACAGUAGCAACGCCGCCCACAACACGAGCUUCGAUCCGCCCAGUCGCGCCCGAACCAGCUCUGCGGGCGAGAUGAGCCUCGGAGGCGACAGCGUGAGCGGAGGAGCCGCGUAUAAUUUCCACACGCGAGCGACCGAGGCGAGCAAUAGUGGUACACGAGGUCAUCAUCUCGAGCAGGAGGAGAUCUCCGCGGCGCUUUUCGCGGAAAACGCGGCACUGCACCUCACGCAGCACCACCAUCUCUCCGCGACCUCCGCAUCAAGUGCGAUCUCAGAAGGACGAGCGACAAGCAAGGUAUAAAUAGAAAACGAUGACGAUCGAAAUUAAGUAGGAUGCGAUGCGUACUGAUGCUUGUUACACUAUAGAUGACUGGACACAAGAUGAACAUUUUUUUUUUGCGUGUUCUUCUCUUUCGUCACGAGGACCAAAAUGACUCAAAUUUUGAUCCCAAAUGCACCUUGCACCAGCGGCUGAGCCAACUGGGCAUCAUCACGGAGGCCGACCACCCUACAAUGCCGGAGGGCAACCACAGCGAGAAUCCGGACAUUCAGGGGUACGGCUCGGCGCAGACCUACCACUACUGGCGCCGGUUUCACCACGACCGGAUUGUCAUGGAGCGCCAGCAGUCCUCCUCACCCGCCCUCCCGCAAGACGAUGGUACCGUAUCCUGUGCAAAAGUAUCGUACUCGUAGCAAUUGCAUUUAUGCAUUACAAAUCUCUUUCCCAAGGUAAAUCAGCAUUACAAAUUGAAUGUGUAAUGCUGCGCUAAUUUGUAAUGCAAUUUAUACUAGUACGAUGCUCUUGCAUUGCAUAUACCGUCGCUGGUAGCAACCCUCCCGGUGGCCCACCAGAGGGAGUGGUUGUUGUACCGGCAACAAGUGUAACCGCCGUCGAACAGGGUGGACCCGCUGCCGGUGCGGCAGAAAGAAGAGAGUCGUCUCAAGGUGGGGCUGCGCCAGGAACUGCAUCCGGGGAACCACGGGGCGGCGAAUGACAGCGGGCGCGUCAGUAGUAGUCGUAGUGUGCAAUAUCACUGCACAUGAACUACAUGUUCUAGCGUUGCGUAAUUUCUUCACGUCCUAGCACUAUGGUUCAAGGGAAACCUAUCAAAGCUAGCAACUGUCAAGUGCCUAUAACUCGAUGUAGCCUGAAAAUCAAUGUCCUCGAGACAUUUAGAGACUUCUCAAACGGGCGAUAUCAAGAGUACUUCUACUUCUAUCCUAAUUGUUGAUAAAAAUAAAGCUAACUUGCACUCAUCGCGUCAAAUUAUCAUAUUGCUACUUGUCAAUUCAUUGUCCAAUUGUCUAGUUCACAAAAAGAUCCCUUAGUUGGGACGAAAUGCUGAUGCAGCACGCAUAUGCAUUUUCAAGUUUUACGUAUAAAGUUCUUGAUGUUGCGUCAAGUGCAGCACAUAGUGGAUGGGAUAAACAGUAUAGCCAAAGCCAUGCGCCAAAAAAAAAAUAUAAACUUGAUUUCCUUGUCGUAGAAAUAAGUCAAUGAUACAGUGCAACUUGUCUUGCGUCGUGCCAAAUGGCAACAUCUCCAAACGCGUUCGAUUUCUUUUACGCACUCAGUUUUUUUAAAAACUAGUUUCGGCACGGUGCUGGCCCCCCUGCAUGUGUGAUGUAGUUUAUCGCUCAAACAAUUUGAAUUUUAUGUACCUGAGUAAAUAAACCCCACAAUUAAUGAAUAAUCCAUAUCCAACAUUGAUUCUGAAGAAGUGAGGCGAGAGUGGUGCUGAGUUGUGUAAUGCCUCGAUUUUUUUUUUUCAUGUGCAGCAGCUGGUGUUAUAGUACUCGCACCCGCAACGAAGAUCUGUCCUUUUUUAAUAGGGAACAAGACUUCUUUUUCCUUUCGCGAAAGUAGACGCUGCGCUACCGGAACGAAUUAUAUUGUUGAGCUGCGGGUAUGAAUACGCUUGUGCACACACGGCCGCAGGGGGGAG